UCCAUCUUCCCCGAACGUGCCGCCGAACCCAAGUAUACAAAAAGAGCUCCAUUGGCACUUUCCCAUCCAUCCAGAGAAAACACAUCUCGCCCAAUCGCCCAUAGCCGAAACCAACAAGAAGCCCCCCAAUGGUCAACAUGGCGGCCGCAGCCCCCAUCCGCCGCCGCCGCCGCCGCUUCCUCCUCCUCCUGCUCCUCCUCAGCCUCACCAGCUCCACCUCGACGGCGCCCUACGACCCGCCCACGGUGCCGGAGCUCAUGGACCGGUUCGGCCUCCCGCGCGCGCUCCUCCCGGACACGGCCCGGCGGUACCUCCUCCACGACGACGGCUCCUUCGAGCUCUUCCUCGACGACGGCUGCGAGGUCGAGGUCGCUGGCUACAGCGUCCUCUACGGCAUCAAGCUCUCCGGAGCCGUGGCGCCCGGGUCGGUCACGGGUCUCGAGGGCGUCCGCGUCCGCGUGCUGUUCGUCUGGGUGCCCGUCACGGGCGUCGAGGUCGGCGGCGGGGUCGUGACCCUCCGCGUUGGCCCCGUCAGGAAGUCGUUCCCGGUCGUCGGAUUCAAGGCCAGCCCCCGGUGCUCCACCACCGGCUCCGCCAUGGCCGCCGCCGCCGCCGAUGUAGUAGUCUAGUUUCGAUGUAGCCUAGUUAGUUGAGGAUCUUACGCCACGCUUUGUGUACACUUGUACUUGUAUCGCAUUGGAUGAUUGGAGGAAGAAGGAAUACCGAAUACGCAUAGUACUAUUGGCAUAUACAUCUACAUAAUAUAUGAUGGUAUUUCCAUAAAUUGACAAGA